AUGGCGAUGAUAACAAACGUGGCUCUCAUUCUCUGUGCUGUUCUUCUUGCUUCAGGAUUUGGGACAAAUGCUUUGACAUACGACUACUCAGCUAAUAUAGAGUGUUUGGUAAACCCGGAAAGUGCUCAAUACAUGGGAGGGAUAAUUGAGAAUCCAGAAAUGAAGGAUGGGUUGAAAGGGUGGUUUCCAUUUGGAAGUGCAAAAAUUGAGCAUAGAGAAGAAUCAAAUGGGAAUGUAUUCAUAGUGGCUCAUUCAAGAAACCAUUCUUAUGAUACUUUCUCUCAAACUCUUCACUUGCAUUCAAACAUCAUCUAUACCUUUUCAGCUUGGGUACAAGUGAACGAGGGGAAAGCUGACGUAGCAGCGGUUAUAAAAACAAGAAGAGGUUAUGAACACGUGGCAGUCACAGUGGCCCAAUCAAAUUGCUGGUCUUUCUUUAAGGGCGGCCUCACUGUCACUGAACCCGGUCCGGUUGAGCUCUACUUUGAGAGCAACAAUACUAAAGUGGAAAUAUGGGUGGAUAGUGUCUCAUUGCAACCAUUCACUCAAGAACAAUGGAGAGCUCAUCAGGACCAAGCCAUUGAGAAGUACCGAAAGAGGAGAGUGAAAAUCCAAACGCUCAACAAAGAAGGCAAUCCUCUUCCCAAUGCGACCAUUUCUUUAGGACAAUGGCGGCCAGGUUUCCCAGUCGGCUGCGCCAUCAACCGCAACAUUCUCAACAAUUCCCCUUACCAGAACUGGUUCCUCUCCCGCUUCACCACCACCACUUUCGAGAACGAAAUGAAAUGGUACAGCAACGAGCAAACCCCAGGCCGGGUCGAUUACUCCGUCUCUGACGCCAUGAUCUACUUCGCCAAACAACACAACAUCGCCGUCCGUGGCCACAAUGUCAUUUGGGACGACCCAGAGUUCCUUCAAGGUUGGGUGAAAUCGCUUUCGAACACAGCUCUCUACCGUGCCGCUCGACGGAGACUCAAUUCGGUCAUGUCUAAGUAUCGAGGCCAAGUGAUUGCUUGGGAUGUGGAGAAUGAGAAUCUCCAUUUUAAUUUUUUCGAGAGCAAAUUAGGGUGGCCUGCUUCUGGUUUGUUCUAUAAUUGGGCGAUGAAAGCCGAUCAAUCGAUUCCGUUGUUUUUGAAUGAGUUUAACACCAUCGAGUCUAGUGGCGAUGCGGCUUCUUCUCCAGCUAGAUAUCUUCAGAAAUUGGAUACUAUAAGAAAGUUUCCGGGUAAUAGGGGCGGCAGAUUUGCGAUUGGACUGGAAUCGCAUUUCGGUCCUUCUCCUAAUAUUGCUUAUAUGAGAUCCGCCAUUGAUACGCUUGGUUCUGCUGGAGUUCCGAUCUGGCUCACCGAAGUUGAUGUUUCUAACUCGGCUAAUCAGGCAUAUAACUUGGAGCAAGUUCUAAGAGAGGGAUUUUCUCAUCCAAAAGUGAAUGGGAUUGUGAUUUGGUCGGCAUGGGCACCAUGGGGAUGUUAUCGAAUGUGUUUGACAGACAACAAUUUCAGAAACUUACCAACUGGUGAUGUGGUAGACAAAUUGUUAAAAGAGUGGGGAAUCAAAGGCUCAAUCACAGCAACAACAGAUUCUAAUGGCUUCUUUGAAGCCUCACUUUUCCAUGGAGAAUACGAAAUGAAAAUCUCGCACCCAUCUGUCGCCAAAUCUUCCAUCGAUGCUCAGAAGUUUAGUGUUCUUCCUGCAUCUGAAGGUGAAUCAGAACAACAAUCACCUUUACUUAUUCAAGUUGAAUUCUGAUCAUUUGUGCAUUUUAUGUUCGUUCUCAAAGCUAAUUGCUCUCACUACAGCUUGGUUUAUUUAUUGAAUACUAAUGGUGAAUAAAAUUAGGGUGUAACUAUACAGCUUUGAUAUUUUUAGAUAUAGACAGAUCUUGGCUUGUAACAAAGUUCAAAGUCAAGUUAGCUUCACAUUGUUGUUUCAUAGCAUUCAAUGUUAAUAAAGGUGCAAAGUAAGUUCACUUGA